AUGAUCCAAACACCAAUUGGUAAUAGUGAUCAUGCAUCUGUCGCUUUUGACAUCAACAUUGAGGCGGAACAAAAUAGCAAAAUAGUGUUUACCGUUGAUACACCUAAUGAAAAAUAUGAGUUGUUUUUAGCUGUAAUUCAUCAUACCAUCGAAUUAUUUGUUCCACUCAAGCCUCAAAAGACUACUGGAGUACAGCUUCCACUUCACUUGAUCAGAUGUAAUCGCAAAAAGAAUUCAGCUUGGGCUAAGGCAGUGUCGAGUGAUAACCAAGCAGAUUGGGACGAAUACAAUAAAUUGAGAACUACUUUUGAGAAAAGGUUGAGCAAGUUCUAUAAUCAUGUUGAAAGAAAAGUUAUCUUUUCCAAGAAUAAGAACGCUUUCCAUAGGCUACUCAAUUCCAGGCUGGGAAAAGCAAAGGAGGAUGGGAUUGCAGUAUGCAAAGAUCGGGACAAAGCUGAGCUUCUGGCUGAUGUCUUUGCGAAGUCCUUCCAGAAAGGGGAUGAUUCUUUAGAGUUAGAUGCCGUACCAUCGUUUCCGGUGAUGGAGGAUUCCUUUGGUUCGACAAGGAAGAAAUAUAUAAGUUACUGA